AUGGCCGACUUCCAGUCCUCGCAGCGACGGCUGUCCAAGGCGACGAUGAGGAGCGGCGGGGUAGUAUCCACACAGUUGCGCAAGAUACCCACCCCCGUCGCACUUGCCAUCGGCAUUCUCUUUGGUUUCCUCUUCUCUAGGCUGCUGCCCUGGACGACUUCAACAACGCCCGUAUGGCGCAGCGGGCAUAUACCAUCCAAAAGCCGCCAGCAGAGUCGGCAGCCCAUCCAGCUCCCAACGCUCGACCAGCGCGCACGGGUCCUCGAGCUGCUCACUACGCUCUCGCCGCACUACACCAAAGAAUGUACACGAAACUCACAGCCGCUCUACGCACAGCAGGCGCUGGAGCGCUAUUCUCCACUCAUAGGGCACAACCCGCCCACCUCCAGCUCCUGGCUGUCUGGCCUGCUCGGUGGUUCUGCUGGCGAACUCGACCAUGGAGCGACCGUUAGACGCGACCUGCAGGCCAGCGAGCAUAAAUACUUCUUCGCCAUCAACCUCUACAAUUCCUUCGAUGUCAUCCCAGACCUCUUCGCAACCCUCUUCCGUGUCGCCGCUAUACUGGGGUAUCACAACGUCUUUGUCUCGAUCUACGAGAACGGCUCGUCUGACCAGACCAAGGCGCUGCUGAGAAUCUUUGACGCACUGACGCGGAGCGUCGGUAUGCGUGUCAUGAUUCGCACCUCAAUGCGCACGCGUGGCGCGUUCAACCAUCGUAUCGAGUACCUCGCUGAGGUGCGCAACUCAGCCUUUGUCCCAUUACACGAGCUGCGAGACAGCGAGGGCGAGUACUUUGACUCAAUCAUUUUCAUGAACGACAUCCUCCCCUGCGUCGACGACCUCCUCGAGCUUAUCUGGCAGUCGCGUAGGAACAACGCGGGUAUCACCUGCGCCGCCGACUACAUGUACCACGACGAGAUUGCCGCGCCGGUCUUCUAUGACAACUGGGUCGCGCGAGACAUCAACGGCACGGCGCUGGAGAAUGCGCCUUUUGAACGGAUUUUCCACCAUUUGGAGUCGAGCCAGCGAUGGCAGAGACAUCUGCCUAUACAGGUGCAGAGCUGUUGGAAUGGAAUCGCGGUGCUCGAUCCGGCACCGUUCUACACCCCUCCUCACGUCCGCUUCCGCAUGGCACGGAUUGCGGAAGGCGAAUGUAGUGCUAGUGAGUGCAGUUUGAUCUGCAAUGACUAUUGGGAGGCUGGCUAUGGACGAAUUAUGAUGGUGCCCCGCGUCAAGCUUGCUUAUGAUUCUCGCGUAUAUGAUAUCAUUCACCCUUCACGCCGUAACCUUACAGCUAUUCGUGGAUACACUCGUUUAGGAGGUCUGCCCGACGACCCGCGAACAGAUCCUCAGGAUAGGACAUGGUUCGGACCUCACGACAGACUCUUCACCGAGGAAGAGAGCGAACCUUUAGGCUUUGUCCCCGGUCCUUCUCAUGUAUGGUGUUGGGGCUGGGAUGGUGCUGGUGAUCUCGAAGGACCAGAUGUCGAUCCCAUCUGGGAAGCUAUGCCGAACAAAUCAAGACGCGCUGAUGCCGUGCUCGUGAGACACGACCGGUCGAUGGUGCUGUAG